AGGCAACCGUCCGAGUCUACGCGUUGCUGACCCCGUUCAAUCGCGGUCUCUCUCGCAAAAUCGCCACGGGUAUAUUGUUUCGCCGCGACACCGCUGAGCUGUGCAUGCUCCGCACGUAGUCCGCCGAAGCUCGACCCACGCUGGUCUCUCGACCUUGAGAGCGCAGCACCAUGGCUCCUGGACGCAAGAGGCCACGGUCAGACCGCCCCUACCCACAGGAAGACGACCGGAACUCUCGUCCGUCGCCACAUCGGCCGCAGAGCCUUUCUCUGUCACACAAUCAGCAGCAGCACCAGCACCAGCAGCAGCACCAACAGCAUCCGUAUCAGCACCAGCACCAGUACCAACAGACAAACAGCCCGCGCGGUGGUGGUGGUGCGAGGCGCCAGAGCAGGAACAGCGGGCGCGGCGCCUCCAGCGUACCACAAAGCCCCAACGUCCCGCACGCGUCUCCGUCAGCCAUGUUCCCGCCCGCGAAUGCUCACCAUCCCAACAAGCCCGCUCAUGCGACCCCAACGGUCUCGGCGCUGCCAAGCGAGCCUUCGACGCCCACGCCUACCCGCGACGUCCCAGAGAGCAACGAGUACCUCACACCGGAGCGAGUCGCCCACUGGACAGCCGACGCGAGGAAUGCCGUCAUCCAGGCUGCCGUAUCGGCGCGGCGCGAGGGCGAUGUCUUCACGCUUUCGGUCGUGUUCCACGAGAUCAUCGAGGCGGCCCUGGAUCACUUGAUGAGCUCAGUAGAGCUCGGCUCAAUCGUCCGCGACAUUGUCGCUGCCCCCGCCGGCGAGCUGCUUGACCCGGUCGCGACCUUCCUCGACACGGUAAGCUCGCUAACAAAUGACAAAGAGAGGCAACCGCUCGUGCGGCAGCUGCUCGUCGCGACAGAUACUGAUGUCGGUCGAAUACGCUCCGAGCUCGAAAGCGAUGCGCUCAUCAACCUUGGGUUGGUUCGACCGAGCUUCCCUAGAAUGGCCGUCCGCAAAGCCACCCACGCACUCUAUCGCCAGUCAAACUACAACCUCCUCCGCGAAGAAACCGAAGGCUACUCGAAGCUCAUGACCGAAUACUUCACGACGGUGAACAACGAACCUCCAAGCCAGGAAGUCGUCAGCGAGACAUAUCAGCGAGUCAACGCGCUGAUUGGCGCCUUCGACAUGGACAUUGGCAGAGUUCUCGACGUCACUCUGGAUGUCUUCGCCAACCUUCUUGUCAAGCACGGCAAGUUUUUCGUCAAGCUACUCCGGUCGAGUGCAUGGUGGCCCGAGCUGCGCGGACUCGAAGGUAUCGAAUGGGAAGAGCCAGAUGUCUCAACACUCCCCACAUGGGCCCAGCCAGAGUCGCCGCUGUGGUACUGUUCCGAGCAAGAGAAGGCAGAGCAGCUUCAAGUACGGGAUCAACGAGACCGAAGGUUCUGGCAACGUGUAGGCGAAUUGGGCGAACGAGCAGGCGUUCAGGCAUUCUACGAGCUUGGUGCUCGUCGCAUCGUCUCUAACAACAGGCCCCCGGACCAAACGCUGCCCGCAGAAGGCGCUGCACUCUCAAAGCAGCAGGCUGCGCGGAAGUGGGCAGACGAAUGGAUGGCGCAGACCAAAACUCUUCCACCUCCCAGCAAUGAUACCGCCGCUCAACUUCUGGGCUUCAAGCUCCAAUUCUACGCCUCCGACGCUCGCGAAGCACAAGACUUUCUGCCCGACAAUCUCAUGUACUUAGCUGCCUUGUUGAUCAAGAUUGGCUUCAUCUCCAUAUUGGACCUUUACCCGCAUCUAUACCCACUGGACGAAGACAUGCCUGCACACAAAGACAAAUUAAUGAAGGCGAAGAAAGAGAAGGAAGAAAAAGAUAGAGGACGAAGCGGCAAUGCGCUUGCCAUGGCUGCGGCCUUGCCAGACGAGACUCCAUCCGGAUUCCCGGUGGCCACUCGCCUCCGCGACGCGGACAUGAGGACUUCAGCAAAGUUGGAACCAGAGCGAAGCACUUCCACCAAACCCGACGAGGCAACAGAGAAGAAAGCCGCUUUACCCGAACCAGCAGAUCAGAAGUUCCAGCUGCUGAAGAGCUUGCUCUGCAUCGGCGCCCUUCCCGAAGCCCUUUUCAUCCUUGGACGUCAUCCUUGGAUGCUUGAGGUAUACUCGGAACUCCCAGAGUUUGUGUUCCGGCUCGCACAUCAUUCGCUUAGCAAGGUUUAUGAAACAACAAGGCCAACCUUGUCAGAGAAUCUGUCAAUGACGACCAAAGGUGCUGGUGUCCGGGCAUCUGCAAGGCCAAGUGAUUACAUCCCCCGACGAACGCUCCGAUGGGCAAAGCCUGACAAACAGGACGCUGGCGACGGUAUCGAUUACAAGUUCUACUGGGAAGAUUGGAUCGACAAUAUGCCCGUCUGUCAAGAGGUGGACGAUGUCCUCAAGCUAUGCACGACUCUGCUUGGGCUGAUAGGACCUGAAUGCGGCAAAGACAUCGUUCUUCUGACGAAACUCGCACGCAUCGCAAGGAAGAAUCUCGCAGACGAUCCCUCAGACGCAAACCGCAAGCGCUGGGUCGAUUUUUCCAUAACGUUUUUGGCACCCGCCCUCUCCUUUACGGGCAUGAAUCCUGGUGUCGUGAACGAGGUCUGGGAACUGUUCAAGCAAUUUGACACCGCUACGAGGUACACCAUAUACCAGCAGUGGUUUUCCAGCACAAAACCUGCCAUGCGAGCUCUGUUCAAAAGUAUCAAGGAUGAAACAAACCAUUUGCUCAACCGCGUGUCUGCUGGAAACACCAAGGAGUACGGCAGGAAAAUCGCCAAAAUCUCUUACUCGAGCCCGGGAACCGUCUUGAGUUUGAUCGUCAUUCGACUUGUCAAGUAUCCCAACAUGAUCGAAACCUUAGUGGAGUGUAGUAGAUAUCUCACUUUGCUGGGGUACGACUGUUUGACAUGGACGCUAGUCAAUUUCUUUAUGAAUCCUAACAAGGGCGGAACCCAAGAUGAUGGUAUGUUGUCUUCAAGUUGGCUGAGGAAUAUCGCUUCAUUUGUCGGCAAAGCCUACCAGAAGUACAACUUAAUGGAUCCGACUCCUGUACUUCAGUUCACCACACACCAGCUCUUGCGUCCGGAAGGCGAACUGUUCAUGCUCGACGUUCUCGAACAGAUGAUCACGUCCAUGGGCGGGAUAGGCCUGAGCGGAUCCCUCUCCGAGUCGAUGGUCCUGGCACUCUGCGCUGGACCCUACCUACGCACCUACACCCUGCAACAUCACCUCUCUGACAAGCGGCACCAAGCUGCUUCCUCUGCAAGACGCCUUGUAAAAUGUCUGAAAGAUACGGGUCUGGCACCGCAAAUCCUUAUUGCGCUUGCCCAGCAAAUCGAAGCCUAUGUUCACCGAGUUGACCAACAGGAUGCUCCUGAUAAGGUCGUACUCUUCAAUACCGACAAGCUGCGUUCCAGUUUCUUCCAGUAUCUCGAACUUCUCCGCUCAUACAUUCCCACAAGCGACUUUGAGGGUAUCUUCCCUAGCUUGACCGAGAUGAUGGCUGAAUUUGGCGUUCAGCCAGAUAUCGCGUUCACAGUUGUUCGUGCAAGCAUAGCAGCGAAGGCCAAUGCGUUUAGGUCCGCGAAACAGAGUGCCAUCGAAGCUUCAGUGACCAAUGGCGACGUUAGCAUGAGCGGAACCGACAAGACACCUACCGACGAUGAUGCCACUGUCGCACAAGAUGCAUCUACAGCAAGGAAGGACACAGAAACGAAGGAACAACUUUCAUCCACCGAUGUCGAUAUGGAAGAGGCGUCUAACGACAAGAGUGUGGGAGCCACCACAACUGAGACACCAUCAGCGGAUAUGCUAAAUCCUGAGAUCGAGAAUGUUGUCGAGCAGCUCAAGGCAGCAUUGCCAGACACGUUCGCCAAUCACCCCUGCCUUUCCUUCUAUGUCACGUUCUGGCAACUCUCGUUGCCGGAAGUUGACAAUGUCGGAAUCAAAAAGCAGUAUCUCGACCUUAUUGCAACAUACGAGAGUCAACUUUCUCAGCCUACGGACCGUCGCGGAUACAAUCCUAGGAUUCCCAAAGCGGACACUGAAAAGCAGCGCCGAGCAAGGGCGGAAAUCCCUAAGCUAAGAGAGGAAGAACCUGUUGUUACGAAGACCAACGCGCUGAUCCACGAUCAUCUGCAGAUCGAAAUGCUACGAUGGUUUGAUGGUUUCCAAAUGGUGGAUUCGCGAUCAGACGCGCUUUACAACGCUCUUCUCCAGGAUUGCUUUAUCCCCCGCAGCCGCAUGUCGCUACAGGAAGCGCAAUUCGCAUCUGCCAUGCUCAAAUUCAUGCAUAGGUCCGGUGUGCCCGGAUUUCGCACCAUUAAAUUGUUGGAUCUCCUCUUCAAUGCCAACAAGCUUACAUGCAUCAUCCGCAUGUAUUCAGACGACGAAUCAACAAAUUUCGGCCGAUUCUUGGGCGACAUCCUACGAGAGCUCAACACGUGGCAUGAGAACAAAAAUGAUGCAUAUGUCAAAUCGGCACAUGGGUCAGACAAGAAACUCCCUGGGUUCGGGCGCCGCUUUGACGCAGAUCGCAACACUACCGAGCACCUUGAGUACCAGGACUUCUGCAAGCUCCUAUACAAGUGGCACAAGGCACUCUUUACUGCCCUCAAAAGCUGUAUCGAUAGCGGUAACUACAUGGAGAUCCGCAACUCGAUCAACGUACUCAAAGCAGUCUCUCCAAGCUUUCCAAUUGUCAAUGUUAUGGCCAACGAGUUGCGACAGCCGCUUGAACAUAUGGCUGUUCAUGAUGAACGGGCUGAUCUGAAGGUAACGGCGACUUCCAUCCUGGGAGUUUUCAAGAACGGCGAAAAGCUUUGGCAGACAGAGUCGAAGUUCCGGAAUGUCCCUGAACCACCUUCAAUCACCAACGGGGCCAACAAGUCCACUUCUGAAAAGGCUCAAACACCGCAACCGUCGGAUGCCUCAACGGCGAAGCUCAAUGCAACUGCGUCUGCCUUCAACCCGAAACUCGAAACUAACGGAGUGCAAAACGUACUAGCAGACAAACUGGGAGAUGAUACGCAAAGGCGACCUACGUCGACGCCUGCUACACCUGCACCGCUUUCAAGAGAUCGAGAUCCGGCAUCGAGAGCACCUGAAGUCAAAGCACCUGGGACUGUUUCGUCACAACAAGACAGGAUUCCUAGCAAGCCUGCAACCCCUGCUUCUUCGGCUUAUUCAUCUUCUGUGCCACUUCGACCCGACAACAGAAACAUGCCCGUGCAGCACAACUCAGCCGGCAGAGCGUCGCAUAUCCUACCAAUAAGGCCAGACUCGCAGCCCCCCAGGCCUCGACAGCCUGAGCGGCCCGGCAGUGACCGACAACAUGACUAUGGUUCUCAUAGUCGACACGAUCUCCGAGGACCUCCCCCUGACUAUGGACGUUUGGAACGUCCUGGCGACGCUGUUCGCGACCGCGAACCAUCACCAGGCCGUCGCCAGCCGCCUGGUCUUGAUGGAAGAACUCCUGAGAGACUGUCUUCUGCGACUGAUCGCCGCGAGUGGGCAGGACGAGAUGUCAGAGAGUAUGAAGAUCGAACCAUGCGAGCACCCUUGCGAGACGGUCGAGGCCCGCCAGCACGACCACCUCCCACUUGGGAUCCUCGAGACACUAGGGACCCCAGAGACCAACAUGAGCGCGCUGGUCCUCGAGGUCAUUUACCGCCUCCUCAUAUGGACCCUUCACGAAUGCACACAAAUUCAUCACUAUCUCAGGACUAUCCCUCACAUCGGCGCGACGUACCGCCGUCGAAUAUUCAUCAGAGUCUAGACCGUACAGACCGUGCGCAACCACGUCCCGUACCAGUCACGCCGUCUUCAGCGACCGAUGGGCCCAUGGUAAAUCCGGCGCGUGCUGCUCUUAUUUCCCAACAGGAGUACGGCAGGCACGAGCCCCCGAAUGCCGAUCGUGACAGUCGUCGUGAUCGAGGUCCACACCCACAGUCUCCACGCCGAGUAGAGGAGCAACGCAGAGACGAUCGCCACGGAGAUGAACGCGCACCGCCUGCUUAUCAUGGUCGCAGUGAGGCACCUCGUGAGCAUCGGGAAGAGCGACCUCAACCAUACCUACCCAGUCGUGAUCGUCGAGAUGAGUCGGGUGGCACUCCUACAGGCCCUCGUGGAGGACGCAGCGAAGCUCCUCCACUACCGACCCGAAACCCCCGCGAAAUGUUUCAACCCUCACAGGCUCCAAGGUCCUCGGGUCACCAAGCUCAGGACCCCAACUAUGGAAGACUCAACCAACCUGCUGACCCCAUCCCAUCGGGCCCGCGAAGUGAGUCCACCAUAUCGAUAAACGACACUCAAAGAUUGACUCAGCCAGGCGAACGACCCCAUACACAAGCUAUGCCGCCUGGGCCUUUUCCACCUUCGGGUCCUGCAGUAUCCCACGCUCCGGGCAUUCAUCCGAGUCGAUUGGAGAACAUCCAACGCGUGCCAGGCGGGCCGGGUGGACCAGGCGGACCAGGCGGACCAGGCGGACCAGGCGGACUUUCCCUCCAAACAAAUGCUUCUAAUGUUCCAAGCGGACCGCGAGGACCCUCUCGAGUACCCCAAGCCUCCUUGCCGUCUCCUGUGGGUCGCGGACCUCCCACUGGACCAUCAGCUCCAGACCGAGGCCCAAGGGGCUCAGAAAACAGGAACGCCUUACGAGCUAUCAACAAUGUACUGACACUAAAUGCACCUACUCCCGAGAAGCCGAGUGAUCGCAACGCUCCUCCUCAACACCCACCUGUUCGCGGUCGAGGUGCGACUCGAGCCAACGGCCCUAUGGACGGAGCAUCUGAAACGACCAGCCCGAUGCCGCCACCAUCGCACGCUUCGACUCCCAAUUCUCGCGCUGAGAACCAGCAGUCACGAAGCAGCAGAACGGAGAAUCCACCGAGUCGCAUGGAUGGCACACCACACGAAGAGGUGAGAUCGGAAUCUCGCAGUCAUCGAGAUCAUCGACGGAGUGAGCGAUCAGGUGGUGAUCGAACUCGCUCCCCUGACCGAAGCGAAAAGCGCUCUGAAGAGCGGAGCAGCCGUAGUGGCCCCACGGAUCGUGUCGAAGGACAAGAAAGAGGAUCUGACCGUGAGCGCGGCCGGGAGAAAAGAGGCAGCGACAGAGAGAGCAGCAGACGAGAUCGCGGAGGAGAAGGCGAACGAGCAACCCGUGAUGCAGAGCGUUCUGGACGUGAGUCCCGCGAGUCGCGUGACAGUAGACGUGAACGCGGUUCUCGUGACGAUGGACGAACGUCUGGGCGCGACGAGCGAGAUAGACGCAGCAGGGGAGGAGGAGGAGCAGGUGACGAUAGGAAGAGGGGACGCGACCCAACUGACCAAGCGCAUGGGGAUAUGAAACGGAGACGGUAGGAACGUUAUGACAGCGCGGGAUCGUUUUUAUUUUUGCAUUAUUGAUUUGCUAGUUCAGGGAUAUGGGACAAGACUGCAUUGCACGGCGUUGAAGGUACGAUACCCCGAGCAAUCGUCUCGAGCGAAUUUGGCUGGGUAGCAUUUGUCACGGAGUCUGUUUUUUUUCGAGUGGGCCAUCUUCGGAUGCAUUUCUGGCAUACAGUUGAUCAUCUCUACUAUUGUUUUCUGGUCGACAUGUACAAAAUAAGAAUAGGUGGUGGAACUUGGUAAAAGGAUAACGCUAGAGUCGAAGUAAUUACAAUAAUCUGUUGCGCUC